CAUCAUACGAACGUGUGUUUGUAAUAACUAGUCUUACAUGCACGCAAUGCGUGCGAUAACGUGUGAUAACAAAUGAAGUAGAAAAUAAAAUUAAUUGGGUAGAAAAACUGUCUUUAUAUUUUAUUUUCUAAAAAAAUUGAGGUUCAGUUUAAAUGUCAUACUUCUCCCCCUUUUUUUCAUUCAAAUGAAACAAUUAGUUAUUUUUUUUUUCUUUUUUUCCUUUUUUUUUUUGGUAUCCCCAUGUGUUGUCUUAUAUAAUAGAGAUUUGGCCGAAUAUACCACUUAAUUGUUGUUAGUUGUUACAAACACUUGGAUAGCUUAGGCAUUGCUGCAUUAUCUUGACACAGGCAAUAGGCUUGUCUGAUUGCGCGCCAAACUUUGACUCAAGCGAAGCACCUCUUGGCUCUGCACAUCUUCUCUCAUUCCAAUUUUCAAUCCAAUCUUGAUAAUGGCGCUUAUAUUGUUAACGUCUUCUUCAUCCUACCAAUACCAUUCCCCAUUUUCUUCCUUUAACUCAAUUACCCAUAAACCAUACAAAUCAAUUCAUAACAUUCAUUCAAUCAAAACCCCAGUUUCCUCUCUUUCUCUCUCCUUUCCAAAACCCCUUCAAAACGCCCAAUUUUCAACCCCUAAACUCUCCUUCUCCCAACUUGUAAAAAACCUCUGUCAUUCCCGAAACCUCAAUCAAGCACUAACUGUAAUUAAAGAACAAUUUACAAAUUCCUGUGUUAACCCAAUUCAAACAGUUGAUGCUGUUAAUUUGUUAAUCCAGUCAUGUGGGCAGCAAAAUAAUAUCGAAAUCGGUCGAAAAGUUCAUAACUUUGUCUCAACUCAUUUUACUAAUGAUCUUGUUCUUUACACCCGUUUAAUUACAAUGUACUCAAUGUGUGAGUCUCCAUUAGAUUCUCGUUUGGUUUUUGAUGAGAUGAAGAUGAAGAACUUGUUUUUAUGGAAUGCUUUGAUUAGUUGUUACACCAAAAAUGAACUUUAUGAUGAUUCAGUAUUGAUGUUUUGUGAGUUACUUUCAAGUACAGAUUUGAAACCUGAUAAUUUUACUUUUCCAUGUGUUAUAAAAUGUUGUGCUUUGAGUUUGAGGAUUGGUCUGGGAGAGACAAUUCAUGGGUUGGUGGUGAAAUUGGGGUUGGUUUUCGAUGUGUUUGUAGGAAAUGCUUUGAUUAUGAUGUAUGGCAAGUAUGAGUUACUUGGGUGUGCUGGUAAGGUGUUUGAGAGUAUGCCAGAGAGAAAUCUAGUUUCGUGGAACUCAUUGAUUCGUGUGUAUUCGGAGAAUGGUUUUUAUAAGGAGAGUAUUGUUGUUUUUGUGAAGAUGCUUGAAGAUGAGUGCUGCUUGUUACCUGAUGUUGCUUCGAUGGUGACGGUGUUACCAUGUUGUGCAGGGGAAGGGGAUGUUGAAAUGGGAAUGAUGCUUCAUGGGUUGGCUGUAAAAUUGGGUCUAAUCGAUGAAGUAACUGUUAAUAAUGCAGUGAUUGACAUGUAUGUCAAAUGUGAGUUGGCGUAUGCUGCUCAAUCCCUUUUCGAGAAGAACAAAAAUAAAAAUACGGUAUCAUGGAAUUGCAUCAUCUGGAAUUUUUCCAGACAUGGUGAUGUUUUAAAGACAUUUUAUCUCCUUAGGAGAAUGCAGAUGGAAGGGGAUGGAACAAAGGUCAACCAAGUCACUAUUUUGAAUGUGCUGCCAGCUUUCUCCCACAAGUCACAGCUGAUUAGCUUAAAGGAACUUCAUGAUUACUCAUUGAGACAUGGAUUUCUUCAUGAUGAGUUGGUGGCUAAUGCUUUUAUUGUAGCCUAUGCAAAGUGUGGAUCACUGAGUUCAGCUGAAUUUGUCUUUCGUAAAAUAGAUACCAAGACAUUGAACUCUUGGAAUGCAGUAAUUGAUUGCAAUGCACAACAUGGGGAUCCAAGAAGAGCUUUUGACUUAUAUCUUGAAAUGAGAUCUUUAGGCUUACAUCCAGACAGGUUUAACUUAAGUAGUCUGCUAUUAGCCUGUACAGAACUUGGUCUUUUGCAAUAUGGCGAAGAGAUACAUGGCUUUGUGCUCCGAAAGAGUUUGGAAACUGACCCAUUUUUACUUGUUUCACUGAUUUCUUUUUACUUCCGGUGUGAUAAGCCACGAUUUGCUAGGGCUUUAUUUGAUGGAACAGUGAAUAGAAGUCCAGUUUGCUGGAAUGCGAUGAUAUCUGGUUAUGCACAGACUGGAUGUCCAGAGCAAGCUCUAGAAAUUUUUCGUCACAUGCUUGAAAGAGGAAUUCACUCCAACAAAAUUGCAAUAACGAGUCUCCUUGGGGCUUGUUCACAGCUCUCAUGCUUGAGGUUGGGGAAGGAAAUACACUGCUUCACCUUGAAGGCCAAUCUGCAAGAGGAUAUGUUUGUUAGCUGUUCCAUCCUAGAUAUGUAUGCAAAAUGUGGUUGCAUAGAGCUAUCUCAGAGGUUCUUUGACAACCUAACUGAGAAAACUUCAGCAUCAUGGACUGCCAUGAUUUCAGGAUAUGCAGUCCAUGGACGUGGAAUUGAGGCCUUGCUGCUAUUUGAACAGAUGCAAAUGCUGGGAUUGGAGCUUGAUCGUUUUACGUUUAUUAGUAUACUUAUGGCAUGCAACCAUGCUGGACUUGUUGAAGAAGGUUUGGAAUACUUUUAUCAUAUGCAUAGUUUAUAUGGGAUAAAGCCUAGAUUGGAGCAUUACUCUUGUGUAGUGGACAUGCUAGCACGUGCUGGACGACUGUAUGAUGCAUUGGAGCUCAUCAAAAACAUGCCCAUGGAAGCAGAUGCUAGAAUUUGGAGUUCUUUGGUCAGUUCUUGCAAGACUCAUGAUGACAUGGAUUUUGGAGGAAGAAUAGCUGAGAAACUGCUACAAUUAGAUCCAAACAGGGUAGAAAAUUAUGUACUAGUAUCAAAUUUAUUAGCUCGAUCAGGCAAGUGGGAUGAUGUGAGAAGAGUGAGAGCAGAAAUGAGGGAGAAAGGCCUCCAGAAAGAUGCUGGCUGUAGUUGGAUAGAAGUUGGAGGGAAGAUUUAUAAUUUUGUUGUUGGUGAUCACAUGCUUUCUAAAUCAGAUGAAAUCCGAAAAAUGUGGACUGGGUUAGAGGAGAAGAUCAGAAAAAUUGGCUACAUUCCUGAUACUAGCUCAGUGCUUCAUGAUCUGGCAGAAGAGGAGAAAUUACAUAUACUGAGGGGACACAGUGAGAAGCUAGCAAUAUCUUUUGGCUUGUUAAAAUCUGCAGAAGGUAUGACCAUGAGAGUUUGCAAGAAUCUGCGCAUAUGUAAUGACUGCCAUAACGCAAUUAAAUUGGUCUCCAAGGUUACUAAUAGGAAUAUUGUUGUGAGAGAUAAUAAGCGGUUCCACCAUUUUAAGAACGGAAGUUGUUCAUGUGGAGAUUAUUGGUGAACUAUAAUAUAUGCUAACCUUCCAGAUUUCAGGCUGAAGACAUGAUCUUGCCCUUAACCCCUUUUGAUGAGAAAGUUUGUUCAGCUUCACUAACUGCUUCACCUUGGAAUUUGAUACAUCGACAAUGAAUAAACUCUGAUCAUUGGGUAGGUGCUCAAUCAUUUACAUCCUGCUUGCCAAAUGCCAAUGAUCUUAAAGUCCUAAUGCAUUGGCUUUUAUAUUAUUCCCUUGUCCCAUAUGGCGAGAGUUGCAAACUGCAUCUGAAAAAACUGAUGAUCAGAAGGAUCGGAGCAAGCUCUCUAGCUUGAGGUCGCGGUGCAAAACCCCUCAAUUAUGGCAAUAAUCAACGGCUGGAAUCAACAGCCUGAAACACGACCUGGCUACCUGGUCCUUCCAUUUUCCCUCUUUGGAAACCUGAGUGUAGAGUUUGCCGCCACCGGUGCUCUCUUAGAAUUUUUUCUCAGAAGCAAAACAGAUAUGCUGAACUAGCCUGAAUAUCAUUUAUAUCUAGAGGCCUUCAGCAGUAGUUGCUGCUUACCGGCUAUAGCGCAGAUGAGGGGAAAAAGACAAGGCAUUUAUGCACAUACUGGCUGAGAAAGCAACGUACGAGCCUCAAGAAAAUUUUGGUGUUUGAUAUGCAUGUACUAUCCAGUAUUACCUGAUUCGCGUUACAAUAAUGUGUACGAUUAUGCAAUUGGCUACCCAGUUUUGCCAACUUAGCCCAAAGUAUCUAGUUCCUCACUUCCUCCUCGGGACUCGGGAGGAACAAAUGUUGUUCCAUGAGAAAAACAAAUUUUGUUCCAAUAAUUAAAGAACAAUUAGCAUUCAUUUUUUGUAUAUAACAUUUGCGAAUUCUAAACCAACAUGUAUCAUUUUUACAAUAUUAGUAUGUUAUUUUUAUA